AUGCUGGGCCUCUUGGAAUGCUUUGCCCUUGCAGAAGUAGCUAGCCCGGCCUCUAGCAACCUGACCAAAGAGGACAAUUCUAGUGGUCUGAAUUCCUCAUCCGAGAAUCGCAGACACCAGAAUCAUCACCACUGUCAUCAUAAUCGUCAUAUUAGAGAUCAAUACUAUCGGACUUAUCAUCGUCGUCAUCAUCCCCAUUGCAAUAGUUCCUAUCAAGAUAGUCAGCAUAAUUAUUCGGGUCACCAUCAUCAGAGACAUCCAUGCUCUCAUCGUCCUCGAAAUUCACAUCGUAUUCAAAAGCAAGACAAACGACAUCUUUCUGUGCCUCAUUAUCAGGCCAUUCAAAAGCAAGCUGUUGGGAAACAGAACUUUUAUCAGGAACAAGAUCUAACUUCUGGUGUCAAACAUCAGAUCUCACCAAGUUCCUCGGUCCUCAUGGAUCAGGAUCCAAAGAACAAGCCCUUAUCAGACUGUCAUAAAAGUAUAAUUAACUCGAAAAAUCGCACUCAUUUGAUGAAUCAUUCACAGCAAAUAAGCUAUCAUACAGACCUAACAACACAUAAACGAGUGGAUAGUAAACUAACCGACACACAGUCGCCAGUUACCGCCAGCUUAGAGUCUGUUGGAGGUGCUGGUAAGAAGUCAGCUGCUUCUUCGCUUUGGAAAUCUGCAACUUCUAGGACAUUCCACGCGAUUACCAACUUAGCUGAUGAGGAUUUAUGCGCUAGCUAUUUACCGUGGAUUCCUGUGGUCAUCGAAUUUGCUAAUUUGUAA